UGAUUUAACAGCUUCUGUUUUAAUGUCCCGCUUGUGUUCACGAGUGGUUUUAAAUAAAGUUUGCUGGAUCCGGCGCUUGCGCAGUGCGGGGGUAGGAGCGACCGGAGCGAGCGCAUAGCCACAGGCCCGGAGCCAUGCCCAAAAAUAAAGGUAAGGGAGGAAAGAACAGGCGACGUGGUAAGAAUGAAAAUGAGUCUGAAAAACGUGAGCUGGUCUUCAAAGAGGAUGGCCAAGAAUAUGCCCAGGUGAUAAAGAUGUUGGGAAAUGGCCGUUUGGAAGCCAUGUGUUUUGAUGGUGCAAAGAGGCUCUGUCAUAUUCGAGGGAAGCUGAGAAAGAAGGUUUGGAUAAAUACAUCAGACAUUAUAUUGGUUGGAUUGAGAGAUUACCAGGAUAACAAGGCUGAUGUCAUCCUGAAAUACAAUGCAGAUGAAGCCAGAAGUUUGAAAGCAUAUGGUGAACUUCCAGAACAUGCCAAAAUCAAUGAGACUGAUACCUUUGGGCCUGGUGAUGAUGAUGAAAUCCAGUUUGAUGAUAUUGGAGAUGAUGAUGAAGAUAUUGAUGAUAUCUAAAUUGGGAUUGAAUUUGGAUUCCAAACUUGUACCAAGCUUCCUUUUUGAAGUGAAUUCCUUUUUUUUUGGAUUGGACAUGAACAUUCUGUGUGGAUGAGUUGAUUUGUUAAUGCUUAAUGUAUCUUAAAGUCAUUCUGCAGCAAUUUGUUUAAAAAAUCUAUGUUUUAGUGUAUUUAUAUUCUUCAGUCAAAAGUACAUGAAAGAAUUUGGUGUGAAGUUUGUUAGGAAGUGCAAUCCUUUCCAAUAAAAUGUUAAAUCUCAUAGAUCUGGUUUCUGAGUCAUGGAUGAGUAGUAAUACAACAUAGCUUGUGUCAGUUUUCCAUAGUGUUGCUUUGAGACAUGGCUUGUCUGAGACUCUGAAACCAGUGUCAAAAUUAAGUAUGCUAUUUUCUUGCACCAUGAGUAACAUGAAGGGUAUAGGGGAAAAUAGUAAUUACUUAAUUUUCAUCAAAUUCUUGCU